AUGGCUGGCAUGGAUCUGGGGGAGUUCACCCUGUUCCGCCCGGACGCAAUACUCCAGCGUAGGGAUAUCAGGACAACGUUCUCUAGCUGGGAUAAUUGCAUGGCCAAGUCAUACUGCAAGUGGCCCGUCAUCGUUGGCAUUAUCAUAGGCGGCCUCAUAUUGAUUGGGGCACUCUGGAGCAUAAUCGCGUGCGCCUGCUGCGGCUACACAUGUUGUAAGAGCUGCUGUGCAUGCUGUAGCUGCUGCUGCCCUUCCUCCUCCAGAGACAACUCGCGCAACCGCGCCAAAUACGCCGACGAACACUCCACCUAUACCAAUCAAAACCGCCGUCUCUCCACGGGCUACCAACCGCCCCCCGCGCCCCCAGUCUAUGACUCCCACCGCUCCAAUCCAGCUAAAUUCGCCCAGUUCGAUACUGCCCAUCCCCGCGCAAAGGCCAACGAUGACGCCCUCCCCCAAAUGCCAACCUGGGACUCCGCCCCAACCCGUCGCAUCGAAGAUCCCUCCCCAUGCCACGACGUGGAAAUGAACCGCUUGGAUCCUGCUACAGGCCAGAGCUUCAACCCCCAGAGCUUCAGCCGUCCCAUGCGCCAUAACAACAACAACAUGGGCGACGGCGGUAACAAUUACUACGAGGGAACCCCGACGUCCCCCGCCUACCCGCCGGCCUUCGACGGGUACCGGGGCACAGAAGCAACAAGCAACAUCGCCCGAACCCCAUCCCCAGGAAACCAUUCGGCCAAGUCGGCGCCGUUGGCGUCGCAACCAGCCACCCCGUACCCCGAAGCCCUAGCCCCGGCCAUAUGA